AUGCGCCCACCGUUUUUUGUGGGUUUUCUGCUACUCGUCUUGUUGGUUGUGAGUUCAUCACCAACAUUGCUUUGCACUGUGCUGGCCACUGCCACUAAUGGUGAUGGGAUUUCUCUGGUGGAUGUUAGAGAUUUGAUAGCGAAGGAUAUCAUUGUUGGCGUGAAAUCAUUCUUGACUCUCUUCGUUUCGGUCAAUUCUCCUCUGGCCGCAAAUUUCUCCUCGUCAAAUUCAACCAUCAAUGAAUUGGUUCAAUUCCUGGGGAAGAAUCAGAUUAUUGGCACCAAUCAACAAGUGGCUAUUGGAGUAUCCCAGCAAGAUAACCUCCGAUAUUUCAACAAGUGGCUCUCAUUCAACAAUAUUUCAUCAUCGCAUGACAGGAUUAUUUCCACUACUGUCAUCAAUCCAACAUUGAUGCCCUGUGGAAGGAAUAUCAAUCCAUUUGAGUCGUUUGGUGGAGUGUUGAUGGACACGUACAAUUUUACGUACUUUGUCAGAGGAUACAGGGACUAUUUUGGAGACCAGAAAACCAAGUCAGCAAAUGGUCUCAUUAAUUCGUAUGAUUUCAAACCAUUUCCAUUGAUACCCUCGAUGGUUUAUAUUAAGAAUAGAAAUGGCAUGUCUAUUGAGGGAGUGAAUGCAUCUCAGAAUGUUUUUGAAAUUAGUCCAAUGACUUGUGAAAAUUCAAAUAUUGCAGAUGCUGAAAUUUUAAGGUUUUUAACUGGGUAUUCCAUGUUCACACCGUUGCAUAUUCAGACAUUGGAAUAUGUAUUGAAUAUUUCACUUCAGUACGAUACUUCACUCUUGACAAGUAACCAAGCAUCAUUUCUAGCACUGAAUAAUUUGACAUCUCUUUAUUGGUCGAAUGAUUAUGUAAUGUCUCGUCUCUUCCCUUCUACUUGUCACUUUUGUACCACUACAAACUGUUUGGGAGAGAAUUUCAUUAAUGGAGACUAUUUCAUCAUAGCUUACACUUCACUCACACUCAUUUACUUUAUUUGUUUAUUCUCUACGGGAAGUUUCAAAUUGCCAUCACUCAAAAGACGUAUGCUUGUGCCUUACAUUCCACUACUGAGCUGGGUCAUGUUUAUUCUAUUCACAUCGUUCAUGUCGUUUGUAUGCAGUGCUCCAGUGCAUUAUGUGGCCAUGGUUAUUACCAUAUAUUGGGUUCUCAUUUACACAUUUACAGUGAUUCGAUUUGUGUACUUGAGAAACUUGUAUCAAAUCAUUUCGACUUCUAACCACAAGAAAAUGCACAGGUUUCUGGCCUCUUCCAAAUUUGGGUUUGUUUUCACAGGACUAUUUUCAUUUGGACUGGCACUUGUAAUAUCAUCUGAUGGUAUUUUUUGCUUUUUUACUGACAGUAGCACUUCAGUUAUUUUCAGAACCAUCAAUCUCUUUGCUUAUUUCAUUAUUGGUUGCCUUAUUGCCAUGUUAGCCCUUGUCAUUGAUAUGGUUAUGAAUCGAAAGAAAAUUAAGCAGGAUGGUAUCAUGAAAUUCUUAUUGUUUGACGAUCCAUUCCACAUCAGAAUUGAUUUGAUAUCAUUCUUCCUAAUUUUUUUGAUUGCUUUGGGUAUUGUAAUUGGUUUACUGGCAUUACCUAUCGAUGGUAGUUUGGGUCCAGUUGGUGGUUUUCUCAAUACAGUUGCCUGCUUUUGUAUCUUGAUGAUUUGUGGAGGAAAUUCAAUGAUUGUGGAGAUAGUUAAUAAGAUUAGAUUCAGAGGAGUGGAAAAGAAAGAACAAAGUGAAUUGGAGAAUCUUUUGGCUACCAAUGCCUCCAUCAGAGAAUUAUUGACAGAAUACUCAAGAAAUGAAUACAGUUUAGAAAAUGUUCUGUGCUUUGAAAAGAUUAGGCAAUGGUCUAAUAAUUUUGCACAAAUGGACAAGACCGUUUCCUUGAAUGAUUUGUUGAAAUUUGAGGAGGAAUUUGUGAGAACUUACGCAAAGUAUGAAGUUAACAUUUCACAUAGCACCAAAGAAAAGUUUUUAGAGUUAGUAGAAACAUGCAGAAAUCUGACGAAUCAAGUGGAAAAUGUAUCACUGGAAGAUGCAACACCAAGAGGUAACACAUCACGAAGAGCAAGUGGUGUGACAAUUCAACAAUUGUACAAAGUUAUCAUGUUGGAUCUCAUGUUCAAUAUUGGAGAUACUUUUUCACGUUUGCAAAGGACAGAACAAUAUAUUGAGUGGAAAGCUAUCAACAGUUUACAAGAACACAUACAGGAUACGCCUCUCAAAAAUGUGUAA